CACUGCACCCCCACGUUCGUAUCAAACAAAUUGAGAGGAGGAAGGAGAGAGAGUUCAGUUCAGGCGAUCGAGCCGAGAUCGGUGCAGUUAGAUGGGAAACAGCCUGAGAUGCUGCUUGGCAUGCGUGCUGCCCUGCGGGGCCUUCGAUGUCGUCCGAAUCGUCCACCUCAGUGGCCAGGUGGAGGAGCACAGUCGCCACGUCAGCGCCGGGGAGGUCCUCGCGGCCAACCCCGGUCACAUCCUCAGCGAACCCUGCGGCAGCUCCCAGGGCGGCGGCGCCGUGCGACGCUGCAUCUCGAUCGUGUCUCCGGAGUCCCAGCUCCAGCGCGGCCACAUUUACUUCCUCAUCCCGGCUGCAAUUGCUACCUUGCAUGAUCAUGAGAAGAAAAUUCACACCAGAAAUCAUCAUCAGCAGCAGCAGCAGCAGCAGCAGCGGCAGCGGCGGCAGCAUGAAUCUGUCAAGGAUAGACAGGACGUGAGUCAGGAGAGUCCUGCCGGGGAGAAUCCGAGCCACCGCCGCCGCCGUAGGACAGGCCGCGUCGGAGUGUGGAGGCCGCACCUCGAGAGCAUUUGCGAAGGCUUGUAACAGUUCUCCAGCACUUCAGUAAUGGAAAUUGAGCCCAAAUAUAUCGAUCGAUACAGAGACCAUCUAUAUAUGGAGUUGAAACGCAGUGAUAAAAAAAACAAAAGAAUCUGAAAGAUAUGUAGAAUUGCACAAAUAUUAAUUAGAUCGAGUUCUUGACACAAAACAUCUAAGCAGAUUCAAAGCUUCCUGUUGAUCCACAUGAUUGUCUUCUCAGCUCUGUCUUUAGCUUAA